AGACGGGACGAUUACAGCAGAAGAGAGAUGAAAACAGAGUUAAGGUAUCGACUCCGGCCUCUCAAAAAUGAGAAACAUUACGCCGGUGUGCUUCUCUGUCCAGUGCAGCUAAAGUUAGCUUGAAGGGGACAAGCCGCUGAAGGAAUGGCAAUAUUAAAGCAUGGCUUGACAAUCUUUGUCCUUCUGGCGACCCUUAUUAUUUUGGAAACAGAUAACUUCGUUGAAUUUUCAAGUCCGGCUUUACCGGUACACCCUGAAGAACAACACAUUCUACCUCACACCCGGGAGAAAAGGAGUGCACUUCCAGGCCAAUGGAAUUACACGAUUGAUGUUGUGGUGAACGCUUCUGAUGUCGAAACAUUUGAGCAGUUCUGGUCCUCUUUGAAUGCUACAAGUUUCCCCAUACAACUGGAUAACAAGACAAAUAUCUCUGACAUUAGCAUCACAACAGUGUGCUCGUCAACUGGCGCUGGCUUCCAGUGUAGAUGUGAGGAACAGUUUGCCUGGCCAUACAGCAUCUGCGUCUCGUACGGAGCCUGUGACUACAUUUCUGGUGGGGCCUGUAAAUGCAUCAAUGCCAUUCCAGAUGAUGGCCAGGUCUGCCAGCCAAUUUCAGCGCUGCUAGGUGAGGUUGAGUACACCGUGGAUGUGGAGCUGAAUGUUACAGAUCUGCAGACAGUGGACUACCUUAGGAGCCUCCUGAAGAACGGCAGCUUUUCCCUGACCUUGGGUCCCACCCUGAACGUCACACACAUUGACCUCACCACAGUGUGUUACCCAAAUGGAACCAACUACCAGUGCAGAUGUGAGGAUCAGUACGUCUGGUCAUAUAGAAACUGUAGUACGUACGGAGCCUGUGAUGAGAUCACCAAUGACACGUGUGGGUGUAUCAACAGUAUUCCAUCCGAUGGGCGAUACUGCCAGCCAAAGAAAGUGCCUCCAGUUGUUUAUGAAUACCAGAUCUUCAUUGAGGUGAACACGACAGAUGUCGAUCGACUGAGAAACACCUUGACAAAUAUCAGUUUCCCCAUCCAACUCGGCCUGCAAGUAAACAUCUCAGCUGCUGAUAUCACCACAGUCUGCAGCACAGAUGGCUCUGAGUUCCAGUGCCGCUGUGAGGAUCACUACCUUUGGCCGUGCGACAAGUGUGCCACCUAUGGGAAAUGUGAUGGUGAUACAAGCAGCACGUGUGGGUGCAUUAAAGCUCUUCCCACAGACGGACAGAUUUGUCAGUCAGUACGCCAUCAAAACUUUUCGGUGUGUCCUACGACAACACCAUCAACAGCUCCUCCUGUUCUUUACGAAUACCUGAUUUCCGUCGAGUUGAACGUCUCGGAUGCUGCGUUAAUAAAUCAACUGAGGACCAUUCUGAGCAACAUCAGUUUCCCCAUCAGCAUCAGCGACCACACACAGAUCUCAGACAUCAGUAUUUCUACAGUUUGCUCUCUGAGCAGCGGUGGUUCCCAGUGCAGAUGUGAGGAUCAGUAUCGUUGGUCAUGUGACCAGUGUUUCCUGUACGGAUCCUGCGACAGCAUCAUUAACAACACGUGUGGAUGCAUCAAUGCCAUUCCUCCUGACAGACAAUACUGCAAGUCUGCUGAUCAGCACAACUUUACAACGUGUCCUCUCACAACAACUCCUUCACCAACUACUCCUCCUGUUCUUUACGAAUACCUGAUUUCCGUCGAGUUGAACGUCUCGGAUGCUGCGUUAAUAAAUCAACUGAGGACCAUUCUGAGCAACAUCAGUUUCCCCAUCAGCAUCAGCGACCACACACAGAUCUCAGACAUCAGUAUUUCUACAGUUUGCUCUCUGAGCAGCGGUGGUUCCCAGUGCAGAUGUGAGGAUCAGUAUCGUUGGUCAUGUGACCAGUGUUUCCUGUACGGAUCCUGCGACAGCAUCAUUAACAACACGUGUGGAUGCAUCAAUGCCAUUCCUCCUGACAGACAAUACUGCAAGUCUGCUGAUCAGCACAACUUUACAACGUGUCCUCUCACAACAACUCCUUCACCAACUACUCCUCCUGUUCUUUACGAAUACCUGAUUUCCGUCGAGUUGAACGUCUCGGAUGCUGCGUUAAUAAAUCAACUGAGGACCAUUCUGAGCAACAUCAGUUUCCCCAUCAGCAUCAGCGAACACACACAGAUCUCAGACAUCAGUAUUUCUACAGUUUGCUCUCUGAGCAGCGGUGGUUCCCAGUGCAGAUGUGAGGAUCAGUAUCGUUGGUCAUGUGACCAGUGUUUCCUGUACGGAUCCUGCGACAGCAUCAUUAACAACACGUGUGGAUGCAUCAAUGCCAUUCCUCCUGACAGACAAUACUGCAAGUCUGCUGAUCAGCACAACUUUACAACGUGUCCUCUCACAACAACUCCUUCACCAACUACUCCUCCUGUUCUUUACGAAUACCUGAUUUCCGUCGAGUUGAACGUCUCGGAUGCUGCGUUAAUAAAUCAACUGAGGACCAUUCUGAGCAACAUCAGUUUCCCCAUCAGCAUCAGCGACCACACACAGAUCUCAGACAUCAGUAUUUCUACAGUUUGCUCUCUGAGCAGCGGUGGUUCCCAGUGCAGAUGUGAGGAUCAGUAUCGUUGGUCAUGUGACCAGUGUUUCCUGUACGGAUCCUGCGACAGCAUCAUUAACAACACGUGUGGAUGCAUCAAUGCCAUUCCUCCUGACAGACAAUACUGCAAGUCUGCUGAUCAGCACAACUUUACAACGUGUCCUCUCACAACAACUCCUUCACCAACUACUCCUCCUGUUCUUUACGAAUACCUGAUUUCCGUCGAGUUGAACGUCUCGGAUGCUGCGUUAAUAAAUCAACUGAGGACCAUUCUGAGCAACAUCAGUUUCCCCAUCAGCAUCAGCGACCACACACAGAUCUCAGACAUCAGUAUUUCUACAGUUUGCUCUCUGAGCAGCGGUGGUUCCCAGUGCAGAUGUGAGGAUCAGUAUCGUUGGUCAUGUGACCAGUGUUUCCUGUACGGAUCCUGCGACAGCAUCAUUAACAACACGUGUGGAUGCAUCAAUGCCAUUCCUCCUGACAGACAAUACUGCAAGUCUGCUGAUCAGCACAACUUUACAACGUGUCCUCUCACAACAACUCCUUCACCAACUACUCCUCCUGUUCUUUACGAAUACCUGAUUUCCGUCGAGUUGAACGUCUCGGAUGCUGCGUUAAUAAAUCAACUGAGGACCAUUCUGAGCAACAUCAGUUUCCCCAUCAGCAUCAGCGACCACACACAGAUCUCAGACAUCAGUAUUUCUACAGUUUGCUCUCUGAGCAGCGGUGGUUCCCAGUGCAGAUGUGAGGAUCAGUAUCGUUGGUCAUGUGACCAGUGUUUCCUGUACGGAUCCUGUGACGGCAUCAUUAACAACACGUGUGGAUGCAUCAAUGCCAUUCCUCCUGACAGACAAUACUGCAAGUCUGCUGAUCAGCACAACUUUACAACGUGUCCUCUCACAACAACUCCUUCACCAACUACUCCUCCUGUUCUUUACGAAUACCUGAUUUCCGUCGAGUUGAACGUCUCGGAUGCUGCGUUAAUAAAUCAACUGAGGACCAUUCUGAGCAACAUCAGUUUCCCCAUCAGCAUCAGCGAACACACACAGAUCUCAGACAUCAGUAUUUCUACAGUUUGCUCUCUGAGCAGCGGUGGUUCCCAGUGCAGAUGUGAGGAUCAGUAUCGUUGGUCAUGUGACCAGUGUCUCCUGUACGGAUCCUGUGACGGCAUCAUUAACAACACGUGUGGAUGCAUCAAUGCCAUUCCUCCUGACAGACAAUACUGCAAGUCUGCUGAUCAGCACAACUUUACAACGUGUCCUCUCACAACAACUCCUUCACCAACUACUCCUCCUGUUCUUUACGAAUACCUGAUUUCUGUCGAGUUGAACGUCUCGGAUGCUGCAUUGAUAAAUCAACUGAGGACCAUUCUGAGCAACAUCAGUUUCCCCGUCAGCAUCAGCGACCACACACAGAUCAGUAGCAUCAACAUUUCCACAGUUUGUUACCCGAAUGGUACGACAUACCACUGCAGAUGUGAGGAGCAGUACCGCUGGCCUUGUCAUAUGUGCUCCACUUUUGGCAAAUGUGACGACAUGUUCGACAAUACUUGUGGAUGCAUCAAUGCCAUUCCUCCAGAUGGGCCUUACUGCCAGACCCCGCCAGAACUCUUCAUCUGCCCGUCGCCAGCUCCUCCAAACGAUACCACAACUGUUCCAACAACACAGUAUACCACACUCUUAACAGCAACCCCAACUAUCAGAACUGACACAACACGUGUCGAUACGACAGACCUGUACACAACAAGACCCGCAACUGCAGUGACCAAUUCUACACCUGCUGCUACAACAGAUGGAAACACUACAGUAGUUAUAACAACACCAUCAACUGUAACAGACACAACACCUGCUGGCACAACAGACCUCAACACUACAACACCAGCUGUAGUUACCACUUCCACACCUGUUGCUACAACAGAUCUGAACACGACUUCAGCCACAACGACACCCAUGACGGCCGUAACAAAUUCAACACCUGCUGCUACAACAGAUGGUAACGCUACAACAGCUGCAACACCGACAACAUUUGUGACAAAUUCAACACCUGUUGCUACAACGGAUGUGAACACUACAACAAGUGCAACACCACCUACGGCAGUUACAAAUUCAACACCUGGCCCUGCAACACAUUUGGACACUUCAGCACCGUUGACUUCACAAACAGCUGUAGUGACCAAUUCAACACCUGUGGCUACAACAGAUAUGAACACUACGACAGCUGCGACGCCGACAGUAAUUGUAACAAAUUCAACACCUGGCCCUACAACACAUCUGGACACUUCAGCACCGUUCACUUCACCAACAGCUGUAGUUACCAAUUCAACACCUGUUGCUACAACAGAUAUGAACACUACGACAGCUGCAACGACAGCAGUAAUUGUAACAAAUUCAACACCUGUUGCUACAACACAUCUGAACACUACAACAACAAUAAGUGUGACCACGACACCAGCCACAUUGUCACCAACAUAUUCAACAACAGUUGCUACAACAGAUGUGAACACAACAACAGUUACCACAACACCAACAACAGUCGUAACAAAUUCAACGUCUACUGCCACAACACAUCAAAACACUAUAACAGCCUUGACCUCAGCUACAGUUACCAAGUCAACACCCGUUGAUGUGAACACUACAGCAGCUGCACCAUCAACAACAGUUAUAGAUUCCACAACAGUUGCUACGACAGAUGUUAACACAACACCGCCUACAACAAAUGUAACGACUACUAGUGUGAGCAGCCAAAAUACCACAGUUAGCUCCGCAACAUCAGAGGUUACCGCCAUCCCAAUUUCAACCACAGCCUUCACAACAACUGCCACUAACCCAACCACAACAGCUGCCGAAGUUAUCACCACUGUCCCCACUACGAGCACCACCGGAGAUACCACAGCUAUCCCCACCACAAACACCACCGGAGUUACCACUGCUAUCCCCACCACAAACACCACCGGAGUUACCACUGCUAUCCCCACCACGAACACCACCGGAAUUACCACUGCUAUCCCCACCACGAACACCACCGGAAUUACCACUGCUAUCCCCACCACGAACACCACCGGAAUUACCACUGCUAUCCCCACCACGAACACCACCAGAGUUACCACUGCUAUCCCCACCACGAGCACCACCAGAGUUACCACUGCUAUCCCCACCACAACCGCUGCCCGAGUUAUCACCACUGUCCCCACCACGAGCACCACCGGAGUUACCACCACAAUCCCCACCACAACCACUGCCCGAGUUAUCACCACUGUCCCCACCACGACCACCACCAGAGCUACCACCACAAUGCCUACCACAACCGCUGCCAGAGUUAUCACCACUGCCCCUACCACGACCACCACCAGAGCUACCACCACCACUACCAGCACAACUGCUACCAGUACCCUUUCAACAACUAGGGCAACUACGACCACACCUGAAGUUAUAAUACCGCCUACAGGAUUUGAUGUGGAAAUGUCAAUAAGAUUAGACCUGGAAUACACGGCAGAAUUAAAUGAUGCGACAAGUUCUGAAUACAAGGAUCUCGAAUCAAAGGUUCAUACAGUGUUGCAGCAGCAGUAUAAGGGAAUCACCGGGUUUAUCAACGUUUUUGUGAAGGCAUUCAGAGAAGGAAGUGUGAUUACAGACUUUGUUGUUCAGACAACAGAAGUAAUUGUAGAUGAAAUGGCUGACGCAAAUGAGAAACUCAAAGAAGCAAUGAGGCCUAUAGCUCCAGUCAUUGGCUCAGUUACUGCAUUUUACAACAGUUCAACUCCAAUCCCUUUAUCAGGUCUGAUUUAUACUGGUAACACCAUGACACUGACAUGUGGGCCUCCUAAAAACAUUACUUUGGGACAAAUUUCUGCUUCUGUGUGGAAAUUUAAAGGACUGGAAAUUAAAAACAGCGGAAGAAUUAAAAUAACUGCCUCUGGCACAAAGUCUAUACUUACAGUUAACAACGUCAUCCUUGCUGAUAUUGGGCUUUAUGAAUGUACUCUGAGAGGCAAAGUAAUGAAUUUCCUCCAAACAAGACUUGUAACAGGAGAUAAUAUCAAACAAGCUCCCAUUGUGCGACUGCAGAGUAAAGUUAAUGUUAAAUGCAAAGUGGGACAGAUACAACAACUUCAGUGUUGCGUACAGUCCUCCUACAGAAUCAAGUGGUUUCAAGGCACGACUAAACUAUCCUCAGCUGUCACUGACGAUGGAGAAACCUACUGUAUCAAGCACGAUUACCAGCUAGAAAGCUGCAGUGGAUCACAGCAAAACGAAAUAAGUUUUACAUGUAAGGUAGAUGAACCAGAGGGUUAUCAAAUGACAACAACAGUGAUCAUUUUUAAUGAUGAUAUUACAUGUGAUGAUGCUGAGUACGGGACUGGACGAACAAAUGACAUAUCACGCAUAGGAUGUGGCAAAGGUCAAGAGGGGAGCAAGACUGCGGUCUGUCAGGAAACGGGAGAGUGGCGACUUAUGACGGACUCCUGCAUCAUAACUCAAAUCAAGGAAUUAUUAAUUGAUUCACAGGAUUUGGUUGUGGAGGAAGUGCCACAAUUUGCAGCAAAUCUGAGUAAAACUGUCCAGGAAAACAAAACAGAAAUUGCAAAUUCAUCUGCAACUAUAUCAGCUAUUGUUGAGAUCUUAAACACCAUUGCAAAUGUAACCACUGCUGUCGGUGAAUCUGUCAUGCAGAAUGUACUUAUAACAAUUGAUGUCAUCAUUGGUGAUGAUACAAGAGAGUCCUGGGCAGUUUUGAAUGCAAAUGAAACCCACAGUGCGAGCUCAGGGUUACUGGAUUCACUGGAGAGCAUCGCCGAGGACUUGGUCGGGGAGUUCGCGAUCGAAACUCCACGGAUCCUGCUCAACAGAACCAAGUUUGACAACUCUUUCACGGCAGAUCUCAACUCCAGCAUCAUCAUAAACAUUCCACCCACCACCGUUAGCAACGUCUUUAUCACCACCAUCACCUUCCCCACCCUGAAUAUUGUUAUGCCAGCACGGAACUCCAGCUUUGAUGUCAGCCUCUUGAACAGCACCAGCAACGAAACCGUCAUUGAUGAUGCCAUCAAUGCUGCUGUGGUGUUAGUCCAAGUAAACGCAACCAUUCAGAAUGUCACAUUGAGCUUUGACAAGCUGAACAACUCCCUGUCACUCAACCCGCAGUGCGUCUUCUGGAACUUCACCCUCUUCGGUAAUCUGGGCGCUUGGGAUGACGAGGGGUGUACGUUUGUUUCAGACAUAAACAACACGGUAACCUGCAGCUGCAACCAUCUCACCUCCUUCUCAGUUCUGAUGGCAACGGACAUCCCUCAAGAACUGAGAAAUGCCUUGGAUGUAAUCACUUAUGUUGGAGUUGGGAUAUCUAUGGCAAGCUUGGUUAUAUGUCUCAUUAUUGAAGGAUACGUUUGGAAAGCCAUCACCAGAAAUAGCACUGCCUUCAUGCGCCAUCUUUCCAUCAUUAACACCGCCCUGUCUCUGCUGAUUGCUGACAUCUGUUUCAUCAUUGGUGCCUCUAUUGCCAAAAACCCCCUUGAAAACCCAGGGGAGGACUAUAAAGUUCCAGUUGGGCCAUGCAGCACGGCAACAUUUUUUAUGCACUUUUUCUACCUUGCUCUGUUCUUUUGGAUGCUUGUAUCAGGUCUUCUGCUCUUUUACCGGACGGUUAUGGUCUUCUCCCACAUGUCCAAGUCAACCAUGUUGGCCAUUGGCUUCAGUUUAGGCUAUGGGUGCCCUCUGAUUAUAGCUGUUAUCACUGUUGCUGUCACAGCACCAGGAAAUGGAUACACAAGGACGCACAAUGCUUGUUGGCUCAACUGGGUUGAAACGAAGGCCCUGCUGGCCUUGGUGAUACCUGCCUUGACCAUUGUUUUUAUCAACAUUUUAAUAGUUAUCGUGGUCUUGUUUAAAAUGCUGAGACGAGGCGUGGGAGACUCGGCCCAAACAGAUGAAAGGCAUACACUGGUGGUCAUUGCAAGGUGUGUGAUCAUUUUGACACCUUUAUUUGGACUCACUUGGUCUUUAGGAGUGGGAACCAUGGUGUCAUCAACAAAUAAAGGAAUCCACAUUGCCUUUGCAUUCUUCAAUUCACUACAGGGUUUCUUCAUUUUAGUGUUCGGGACACUGUUAGAUUCAAAGAUCCGCUCUAUCCUCUCACGGCGAUCAGCUACAUCGAGCACAGGCUCUAAUCCAACAAGAAGUACGAGUGGUGGCAUUUCCUCUCUCAGUGAACUAAACUGGAUAAGUCGAUUGCGUCGAAGGAGAUAUGUCUACCGUCUGUCAGAAGCCGCAAACUCAAGCAGCACUGGUGCAUCGGAGUCAUUCGUUAGUAUAUGAAUAAAUGCAGCGAUCUGUACAUGUCAAAUUUAUUUUAUCACUGACAGGUAUUGUAAGAUUCUUCAUUACAUCAUCUGAAACUGUUUUUGUGACAAGUUAAAGUUCACUGGGACCAUACUGUGCACACUAGUGCGCUAACGAGAUGUUUGCAUGGAAAUGUUAGUGUUCAUUAUGUCCAUAAUGAAUAUCCCUAGGAAAGCAAGUGUGACCUAUCUGAAAUGUAAGUAUCAGAUACACAAUAGUUUGAAUGAAAUUAUGACAUGGUAUUUUUGAAACAACUGCCACUUGUCUUGCUGAUAACUGCAGAUGCUGACAUUUGAAGUACAGUUCUGCUUUGUUUGGUAAGACUUGAGAUACACAAAAGCCAGAGAAGUUACCAAGGCAGGGAUGCAACUUGUCAUUAAUGAAUAAUAUGCCCAUGUAAUGUAACAUGUUACUAUUUGAAUGAACAAGUCGUGACUGGUGUCGAGGUUUUUCGUGGUUACGUUACCGUUACGUACCAUGUCUAUGUUCCCUUAAGCGCAUCAUGCUACUUAACUGCAAAGGCUCCAACAAAGUAGACAAACAACCUGGAUGAUUUUACUUGAUUGUAAAAUGUUACCACUGUUUAGGCCUGAAAUCUGUAACUUCUAAUAGUCACAAAAGUUGUAGUUUUACAUCACCUUUACUUUGUUGUUAGAUUGUUAACAAUGACAGCCUUUCCACUGAAAACUUGCCUUCAACAUGUUGCUAUUUGGUCUCAUCUUUCUGGACCAGUUGUAAAAAAGAGGCAUUUUACUGAUGCAUUAAAGUUGCGAAAAAAAGAAGCAGAGAAGAAGAAAUCAAUCAGGUGAAUGCUGGUUCAGGAGUCUUCACACUGUAAAAACAUACGAGAAUUACAGGAAUUAAAAAUCAUUCACCUUCUUUUGAGUUGGUAAUGUUAAAUGUUACAUUUGAAUUAUGCCAUGAUAAUUUCUUCGUGUUUGCAUGCACACUGCUGGGAAAACAGUGUCAGCUAAGUGCUAGCCACUUACCUUAGACUAAAUCAGUUAGAUUUUAUUAAAUCAUUAAAUUGCCGUCAUCUAAUGACAGCUUCGUGAGUAGGCUUCGUGCCAGCACAGUAGUUCACACAUAUUUUCUAUGGCCUCCCUUGCCCGUAGAGGGCUAUAAUGUACUGUGUUAUUGUAAUUGUAAUUGAUUAUUCAACAUAUUCAGUGCUAAUGUGCAUUGUGCUGAUAAAAAAAUACAUAUACUUUUAUUUUUGUAUUAUAAAUCAAAAGCUUACUGGCACUGUAUUCUGGGUUUCACUUUGGACUGAUAACUUUGGAUAAACAGCCUUGUGCUACAUGUUGCUAAAACUGACUGGUCUGAACAAAACUGAUCUUACCCCACAUCAUGAAUUCACUUUAUAUUGUGUGUGUAAAAACACCAAAACAUUUAGUUACUGAAACUCACUAAUUAUGUAUAACAUUUGUCUUAAUUGUUGCACAUGUUCAUUGUCAAUUUGCACAUCUUUCGUCAUGAAAUAGACUUUUUUAAAUGCCUUUACUUGAACACUUUUAUUAGUGAUGAAGCAGGCUUCUGGGUGAUUACAAGGUAGAUGCCUACAAUUGUUUUAGAACAAUUUUCUUGAAGAACAACUUGAAGAAUCGAGGCCGUUUCAGACACCAUGCCGUUUGAGCUGCGUUAGCUGCUGGGUUCAGCGCUUAGUUGGCAAUCUUGCAGCCGAAGCCUAAACUAGUUAUAAAGUGAAAAGCUGUCAUGGUGUGGCGCAAGCAAUUGAAAAUAUUUGGUUUCAGAGGGCAGUGGUAGUAUUGCAUUGUGUCUGAAAGGGCCUUCAGAUGGCAGUUUAUGUCCCUUUCUAUUGAAAAAUCUCCAACCAAAUAAAUUGUGGUGAUCAACCAACCCUUGUUAUUGCUUCUAUUACAUUUUGCUUUUAAGGUUGUCAUCUAGAGUUCUCUUUAUAUAUGGAUCAAUGAUCAAUGACAGAAAUUCUGCUGCUAUAUUGGGAGCAUCCUAGAGUUUAACAAAUAGAGCUUUCCUGUGGAAUAAAAUAAAUAAAAUUUGGAUAAAAGCUGAAUGUGCACAACACACCAAGUUCGAACAAUUAAUUUAUCUCACUUGCCAGUCAGGGCAGGCCUAACAAGCCAGGCCCAUUACAAAUUGUGGCUUUGCCAUUUGCCUUUUAUUGUGAUGCAUGUGUGUGUGUGAGCAUCGAUCCAGGUAUCUAUCUCUGGGGACGUCAAGAAAUGCACGCUGACACUCUAAUAAAAGAGCCACAAAAAUACAAUAAAAAGGAUACAAAUAAAAACUAUAUAUAUUUAAAAAGAAAAUACAAAAAACACCAACACAGUGCUCCAUUAAAUGAUGCUGGGAGGAGUUGUCAAUGAUAGAUGUCAGAUUGGCUAACAUCCUCCUCUCACCCACCUCCUCGAUGGUGUCCAGGGGGCAGUCCAGGACCGAGCCAGCUCAUGUGGAGGAAGGUAUGGAGAAGUAAUGCCGUCUGGUCUCUGGUGGGUGGGGGAGGGAACUGGGGUACAAUCAAACUGUUGAAAAACAGGUUCAGCUCAUUUGCCCAUUCCUGGUCUCCAUGUUCUGGGCCCCUCCCACUGUCACUGCUGUGGUUUUCGGCCCUCUCCAGACCUCUCUGGUGUUGUUCUCCUGAAACCGCUCCUCCAGCUUCCUCCUGUAGCUGUGUUUGCCUCUCCUGAUCUCCCAGACCCAGGGUCUGUUAUUUGAUAAACACUGCACCUUCCAGACUGUGAUGCAGGUGUAGAACUCCCCAUCUGGACUGCACAACACUCCCCAAUCAGUGGUGUCAAAGUAGUCCCUCAGUGCCAUGCUGGUCUCCUCACAAACCUUGUGGUUGGCAGUUGUUAAAUCAUGAAAGGUUUGUAGGCAGGGAGAAGAUGAACCAGGUUGUGAUGAGAGCAGCCCAGUGGGGAGAUCUUUUCGGGGAGAGAUCUCAUGUUCCCCAUAAUUAGACACAGUAUGAAUAGUUUAUACCGUCUUUUCUUUACUUAACAUUGUUAAACAUUUGUAGUUUGGUUAGGUUAAGGCACCAAAAUACUUGGUUAGGAUUUGGAAAAGAUCAUGGUUUUGGUUACAAUAAGUACAUUUAUGUAUGUGAUAACAAACGUUAAAUGGUAAUUUGAUUCCCUGAAAUGAGAAGAUGAACGGCAGGUGUGCUGGUGUUUUAGAGUCUUAUUAGGGAGCCUCCUUCCUCCGCCCUUUCCUUGUGUUUCCCUGUGUUUUCCCCCCGCCCCUUUGUGUCAUGUUAGUCUCUCCUUAUGUCUGUCCUUUUGUGUGUGUGUGUGGACUGGGCGGUUCCUCCUCAAUCAUGACUCACCUCCACCUGAUCCUCGUGCUAAUCAGCCACCACAGCUGCAGCCAAUCCCUAAUCACCAGCCACAGGGUAAAAACCAGGAUCGUCUCACCAGUCUUUGCCAGACUGUUGUACUCACUGGCCUGGUAACAUUUCUCGGCCACAUAGCGCUCCUUAUUUUCACAAUAAAUCUUAUUCCAUAGGAAAGCUGUAUUUCCAAAGCUCUAAGAUGCUUCCAAAACCCAGGGUUGGCUGCUAUUGUUGGAGUUGUGUCGCUGAGAGACAGUGGAACAUGUUGCAUGUUGUCAAUUUGCAAUACAUUCAAAUAUCUUAACUUAAAUACCUAAUGUACAAUGUUGUUAAGAAUAGUAAAAUAAUGCUAGAUGAUAAGUAGAGGGUGUCAAAUAGAUUCUGAGGCCAGCGACUGGUUUCAGCUUUCAGUGACUGGUGAACAGUGAUCCGCCCCCAAACUCCUGCUCAGUGCACCCUCCUCAUUCCCAGGCUGUCAAAUACCCACCACCCGAAUAGGACAACUUCAGAAAAUUAGUCAUAAAGGUUGAGAAUUCGAGGAGAAAAUGAAUGUACAGUUAAAAUGAGGCGUGUCUGAGAAUUUGAAACACAAGGAUGUGUUCCUGUAAACAGGGGAAAGUCCUUCCAUGCCACUAAGUGCAGACUUAAUUGACUUAACAAAAUCAACAUGGAAGAUAAUUUCUGCUAUUGAUCCAUACAUAAAGAGCAAGCUGAGAUGACUCCCUUCAAAGUAUUAUGUAAUAGAAGCACUAACAAGGUUUGGGUGAUCAAAAUUUAUUGACCUGCCAACCUUACAACAUAACGGUUCAUUCACUGCCGUCUGCUUAUUGCCAUUUGCAGCCAACACAAAGCAUGGAGGCUCUGACUAAAAACUAGAAAAAUACUUUCACCAUUCAUUUCUUCCUAAAACUUUGUUCACAAAGACAGAAAUUCAGAGCUCCUACAUUCAACAGCAAUCAACAGAUGCAGCAUCUACAACUAAAUACUUACAGAAAAUGAGGCAAACAAUGAGAAAUUAUAGAUUUAUUUAAACAUUUACACUGAGCUUACUGUACAUAUGGUUUUCUAUGUAGUGUGCUACUAUCUGUGCACUGAGUUCAAACAGGUACUUCAUACAUAUUACAGUGACAAAUUUUAUGUGUACAUACAGUAUGACAUGGAGUGGAAAAGAUGCCAAACUACUUUCCUGACAUCUCAGCACUUCAAAUAAUGAGUCUAAAGAGCUUAGAAUUAGUGAAAUCACCUUGAAAUAUUUUCUCAGAAAUGAUUAUUUUGAAAACUGAAUGAAACCAGUGGACUGAGAAUUGGAAUUGACCGUCCAAGCCACUUGCUGCAGUCACAGGAACUGGUUCUGUGUAAUUACUCAAAGGGUUAAAGGUCAUACAAAGAUGAAAGGAGUCCAACAGAUGAGCUCUGGUGGCCUUUUUCUCCAUCUUUACUUUAUGUUCAUUCAUUGCUUUUUUUGUGUGAAGCACUUGGUGCAUGUGAAAUCUUUGUUAUAAACCACUUUCAGCUGAAAUUCUUGUAUGUACGGUGCUAAAGUUUUAUUUUUAUUACUAUUCAACUGUUGUAGUGGAAAUCCCACAUCUAUGCCUGCCCAUGUGAGAUGAGAAAUAAAGCACUCAGUCAAACGGUAUUGUCUUUGUCGUGGCCGUUAGCUCUGCGCAGAGCGAGCCCCUCAGCUUUACAGCUGAGAGUCUGCCCUCUCAGUGCUACACCACUCUUUUAUUCAGGAAAGACAGAAACAUGAAAUUAUAUAAGGCACAAUUAUUUAAUGACAGCAAUUGUAUGUACUCAAUACUAUACUAAUUACUAGCAACUAAUAGUUUUCAUAUAAUUCAGAAAUAAUUGGUUAUAACACAUACUUUGAAUGUAAAUAAGGUACCAGAGUGCAUUUGGAAAAAAAAACAAAAAAAGACAGAGACUGAACAAAGUGGUCGGGAGAGCUGGUUCUG